GUCUUUGAAAAAGAUCAUUCAUAGCAAUUUAAGCAUUGUUUGUUCUGUUUGUACAGUCAGUUCCUCUGUAUCUCUCCGAAAUGGCGCCGCCAAGAUACAGAGGCGCAUUCAACAACGGCUUCCAAUUCAGCAUCGGAAUCGGCUAUCUAUCGGCGAGUCUCAUCAACUACGGCACAGAAAAGAUCAAAGCCGGGUGGGGCUGGAGAAUCUCGCUAGUCAUGGCUGCAAUCCCAGCCUCAGUCCUAACAUUAGGCGCACUUUUCCUCCCAGAAACCCCCAACAGCAUAAUUCAGCGCAGCGAAAACCCGCAGACAGCGAAACUGAUGCUGCAAAGAGUCCGAGGAACCGACGACGUGGAAUCAGAAUUCGACGACAUUUUGAAAGCGAGCAUCGUAGCUAAAACCAUCGAACGCCCCUUUAAGAACAUCGUACGGAGAAAGUACAGGCCCCAGUUGGUCAUGUCAAUAGCAUUACCAUUCUUCCAACAGGUCACGGGAAUCAACGUCAUAGCGUUCUACGCGCCGAUACUUUUCCGAACAAUGGGAUUGGGCGAAGAAGCGUCGUUGUUGUCGGCGGUUAUGACCGGUGCGGUCGGUACAGUGUCCACUUUCAUCUCCAUGCUUAUAGUGGAUAAGUUUGGAAGAAGAGCUCUUUUCAUGGCCGGAGGAAUUCAGAUGUUCGUGUCCCAGAUCAUGGUGGGAGGAAUAAUGGCGGCGGAGCUCGGUGACCAUGGAGGGAUGACCAAAGGGUAUGCUUUUUUAGUGCUGGUUCUGAUAGGGGUGUACGUGGCGGGAUUUGGUUGGUCGUGGGGACCGUUGGGGUGGUUGGUUCCGAGUGAGAUUUUUCCGUUGGAGAUUCGAUCUGCCGGGCAGAGUAUAACCGUUGUGGUGAACUUUGUGUUCACUUUUGUCGUUGCGCAGACUUUUUUGGCGAUCCUUUGUCGUUUCAAGUCAGGGAUUUUCUUCUUCUUUGGGGGUUGGGUGGUGGUGAUGACGGGGUUUGUGUACUUGUUUUUACCGGAGACCAAGAAUGUGCCUAUUGAGAAGAUGGAGAGGGUGUGGAGAAAUCAUUGGUUUUGGAAGAGAUUUGUGGGCCAGGAUGUUGACCAAAUUUUAGAUACCAAACUAUCUGAGAAUUUUGGGCAAAAUUAAUUUUUUUGUAGUUGUUUGAUGUCACGCAACAUAAUGAAACCACAUGUCUAAAAUUUGGCAAGGGCGUUUUCCAUUGAUUAUUAUAAACUGAA